AAUUCAGUAUACCUCCAAUUUUUUAUAUUAUUAGGUAAUGUCAUUUUUGUACUCCUCAGUACUGUGUUUAGAGAUGCUAACAUGAAAAAAUUAUUUGAAGCUAAAAUACAAGAAAUUAUACAAGAAUCUGAAGCUAAAAUACAAAAAAAUUAUGCAAAAAUAUGAAGAUAAAACACAGGAAAACAUAAAAAACAUGCAAUAUAAAACCCAGGAAAAUAUAAAAAAAAAGUGUGGCUAAAAUGCAGGGUAACAUGCAAGCCCAAUUGGACAAUUUAAAAUGUUUCGUACGGAAUCAAUUGGUAAACAUCCACCCCAUUGAAAACAGGUCUGAACCUGACAGACCUUUUUCUGAACCUGUAAUUGAGGAAAUUUCCUUCCCCGAAAUAGAGAUGAAAAAACACCUUCCCUAUAGCUCAGCUAACAGACUGGUUCUCUCAUGGUCUGCAAAUCUUGACUGAACUUAAUCCCCAAGACCCUGCUCCUGAAAUCCCAUUUUCUCAUGUUCCUUCUCCUACACAAAAUCCAAUUCCAGCCCAGAGGAAAUCUCAUCCUUCUAAAGAAACUCAUCUUAGUCAAACUGACCCACAGGUACCAAAUUCAAUUAGAGGCCUGUUUCCUCUAAGAGAAGUACCUGAAAUAGGAUGGAACGGGGAUGUGGUGACUUUAAGGCACAAUAUACCAUUUACCCCCCAAGAAAUAAAUGAAUUUACACGAAAUACUCCCACAUAUGAACAAGAUCCCUUUCUAGUAACAAAAAAGAUGACAUAUAUUUUUUCAGUAUAAUUCGUUUUACAAGGACAUUGAAAACUUGCUACAGGCUUUUUAAACUGAACAUGAGAAAAAUAAAAUAAUUGCUCAUGUCAACAAAACCAGGAAAUGCAGCACACUGGCCAACUCAGGAUCCUGAAUGGGACUAUAACAACUCUGAGUAUUAUUUACAACUAUACCGUUGUAGAGAGGCCAUCUUAACAGCAAUGAGAGUGUGCAGACAGUACAGAUAAGUGGUCAGAAUUUGAAAGAAUUAAGCAAAAUGAGGAAGAGACACCCUCCAGAUUCAUGGACAGAAUAAUUGAGUUUGAAGAUAGAUACCUGGAUUUUGACCUAUAACAAUUAUCAAUAAAUGGCAGAUUCCCACAGUCUAAAGUUGAAGUUAGCAGAACUAGGAGAACAUUGUGAACUGUAACAGUAGUAUUGUGAUGAUGAUCAACUGUGAAAGACUACAAAUAUUAUUAUUCUUAUCAGUACAGUGAUCCAUGACAGUUCAAAAGAUUCAUGAUAGGGGGCAACUGGAUGGCUCAGUGGAUUGAGAGUCAGGCCCAGAGAUAGGAGAUCCUGGGUUCAAAUCUAGAUUCAGACACUUCCUAGCUGUGUGACCCUGGGCAAGUAAGUUGCUUAACCCCCACUGCCUAGCCCUAACCACUCUUAUGCCUUAGAACCAAUGCCCAGUUUUGAUUCUAAGCUGGAAGGUAAGGGUUUAAAAAAAAAAAGAAAGAAAGAUUCAUGAUAAAAAAUGCUAUCCACCACCAGAGAGAACACUGGUUAACUCUUGAGUAAAGAUUGAAGCAUAUUGCUUUUUACUUAUUAUUAUUUGCAAGCUAUUAUUAGCUACUAUAGAAAAUUUUUAGCAUGAUUUCACAUGUAUGAUGGCUAUCAUUUUUAUUACCUCUUCAGUAGGUGGCGCUGAAGAGGGAGAAUUUGGAACUCAAAAAUAAAUUAAUGCUAAAAAACAAUAAAUAGAACAGGACAAGAGGAAAAUAUUAGGAUAUUUAGCACCUGUGUCUUUUUUUGCACUGACUUCCUCUCUGGUUAUUUUAACAUUCAUGAAAUUGAAUUAGAUCUUUAAAGCAUUUGAAAAACCAGUUCUUUGCAGUAAUGGUUUCUUCAUUAUCCUCUUUAUUUCUGUUUUCUUUCUCUGCUUUAAAUAAACUUCAGACUUCUAUCUGAAUGGCUGCUAUGCUAAGAGGAAUAUGUUUUUAAUUGUCCUCUUCAGUCUUACAGCUGAAAGAGGCUCCAUUUCUAUCAUAGUAACCUAGGUGACUUUUAUUCCUUUUAGUUGUUUGCAAAUUACACAAAUCUGAUGUAACUUUGCUCUUUUAAUUUUUUGCUUGCAUGCAUUUUAUAAUCUAUAUCAUAGAUUCGGGCAUUCUGACAUCUUGACCUGAUCACGUGGAUUCAUGCUUGUUUAGUUACAUCAGAUUUUUAUUCUGUUAUAAAUAACAAGCCCCUUCUUUUUUCACAGACAUUGUUUCCAUCUGAAGUACUUUUCUUUUUGUCCAUUUUGUUAAUGACUGUUUAAAAAAAUCAACCUGACUCCUGAUAAUAUGGUAUGCAAUAAAUAGCACAUCAAAUUCAUAUUCAUUGUUGGUAGGUGCAGACUAAUGAUGUAUUAUUGAGUAGCAUGUUUUCAGGAGUUGCAUUAAUUGACUUUUGCCUCAUAUUAAACAUGGCCUGGUAUUUUAUAAUUUGCACUAAAUCAAAUUUAACAUUAUUCAAACUCAUGUUAAUCACACAACCUAUCUGUAAUAGUAAUGGGAUAGCAGAAUCUAGUGAAUGUUUUUUCAGGAUGAGAGAAAUUUGAGUAUGUUUAAGUUAUGUUAAAAGUCAGGGAGAGAUUGAAAAUUAGAGAGGAAAUCAGAGGGAAUAAGAGUGUUAACAGUAUAUAGAAGACUGGUAGAUGGAUUAAAGGGAUUGACCUUGAUGAGAAGUCAUAUCAUCUCUUGAGAGGAGGGAAGAGAGAAAAGACAAUUUAGAAUAGAAUAGCCUUUGUGGGAAAUGGGAUAGAGCAUUAGGGUGGGGCUUUAUUCAGAAGCAUUUGAGGAAACAGGAAGUAGAUGGUAUGAGUCAACCAGACUAGGGUUUGGCACUGUUUGAGUACCCAUAGAAAGGCAGUGUAUUUGAGAGUAGAAGACAAAAGCUCAACUAGAGUUGAAUUAAUUAACCAAAGGGGCAAGUGUUAGGAAGAAAGAAAAAUGAGUUUAGAGCAGGGAUGAUUGGAUUAGAAGUCCUGCUGAAAAUGAAGAAUAGGGUUAGGGAGAUAAGGCAUAGAGGGAGGUAGAAUGAUAAAAGAUUAUGAUUAGAUAAAGAGAUUUCAGAAUUUUUAAUAACUAACAAAAUCAUAAAGAUCAAGUAGGAUUCAAGUGAAGAGAUAUGAGAAGGUACAGGCAACCUAUCCCUUUGUGGAGAUGGGAAGUCCACAGGUAUUGCAUAUUGCACGUGUUUUGGAACUUUUUCAAUUUAUUGAUCAGUUGUGCUGGUUUUUUUUCUCAAAAAAUACUAUUGUGUGGGAUGGAUUUCUGGAAGAGGGAGGGAUACUUGAUAACUAUUGUGUUGUAAGAAACUAUUAAAAAACUAAAACAAAUUAAAGAAAAUUUAAAAGAAAGAUAAACAAUUUUUUUUAAUAGAAUCAAAGCAAUGAAUUGAAAAAACUUGACAUUAUAUAGUGCUCCACAGCUGUGGAGAACCACCUCUACAAAGGAGAAGAGAUAAUUUUUUAUAACUCUUUGGAACUAAGCUUGUUCUUUUUUAAUUUUAUAGCAUUCAGUUGUGAUUGUUAUGUUAUGGGUUUUUUUUCUAUUUUCUGUUGUAGUCCUUGUAUAUAUUGUUUAACCGAAUCUGCUUACUACACUUUGUAUCAUAAUUAGACAUAUAGUUCAUAUAAGUCAUUCCAUGCCUCUCUAAAUUCGUCAAAAGAUAGGAAGAGUCAUUGUUAAAGUGGUUAUGGAAAUAUAGUAAACACUAAUAUUUUAUUUUAUUUUACAGAGUUGUGAAGUGGUAUAAGCAGUUUGGAAUUAUACAAAUAAAGUGACUAAAAUGCCCAUACCCUUUCAUACCAUGAUCAGAGAUAUAUCCCAAGAAAGGUCAUUGCCAAAAAGAAAGGUUCCUUGUAAACAACAUAUGUAAAGCAACAAUUUUUAUGGUAGGGAAGAACUAGAAACAAAGUAGAUGCCUUGUCAGUGGAGAAAUGGUUAAACAAACAAAACUUUUUGUGAAACAUAAAUAUAACAUACUAUUACUGUGGUAUUAAAAAAUGAAUUCAGAGUUUUUGAUAGAUUAUGGAAAUGUCAAGGAUGUUACCAUCCUUGGGUGUAGCACAAUCCAAGUGGAAGGGAAGAUCAUGGGGAUUGAAGAGAUUAAAAAAUUUAGGAGGUUUGAGGGCAUUACCAUUAUUUAUGGUGAGAUUCCCCAGUAUGAAAACAGAAUCUGGUGGUAAAGAAAGACUGUGAACCAAGAUCUGAACUCCCUGAGAAAUGGGGAGGAGGAGGAGGAGGAGAUGGCUUGGAGUCUUAUAGUUAAAUUGCUAUUAGGAUUUGGUUUCGGUUUGAUUUGAAUGGAGGUAAACUCAGGGGAUGAGAAGUUGCUGAGUGAUGGCAGCCAAGGAAGAAAUUGGAAAUAUCCGACGUGAACAAGGAGUAUUCUGACUUCCCUUCCAAGAUCUGAGUGUAUAAAUGGUUGGGGAGGAGGAGUUUGAGAAAAAGUACAACUAUUCUUGGGAAGUGUGGCCAAGGACAUAAUAUUGUUUAGGGGAGGCUAGGUCUCAUUAAAUGCAAGAAGAUGGAAGAAGUGAGAGAGGAAGAAGUCUAAAAGUAAAGGAAAUUUAUUCUUCUUGGAAAUGGAAGUUCCAGAAGCCAUAGUGGAAGUAGUAGGCCAGACUGACUAGAUAAUGGGAAGGAUAGGGUUGAUGUUAACUGAAGGAGAAAUAGGAGAUGAAGGCUUAAAUAGCCAGAGAUUCAACUUCAUAGGGAUUGGAGAGAAAGAGGUGGUAAGUUUUUGUUAGAUAUAAGGACAGUGGAUAUUGCAGCCCUCCUCGCACUGGGUUUUUAUUAGCUGGUUAUGGAAGGUUUUGCGUCCAGGCUUUGUCCUCAGAUCCUUCUACCUGCUAGGUGUAGUUUAUAGGGAGUAGAGAAAAUGAAAUGCGUCAGUUUGUAGUUUUAAUUGUAUUAAAUUGUAUAAAGAAAAAGUUAAGUUGGCUUAAUAGAUUUAUCUUUUAAAUGAGUAGAUAGAUUCUGAGAAAACCAGUUAGGGAUAUUAAAACAAAGCAAACAAACAAAAAACACUUCAGAGGUACUUGCUGUCACUUGAACUAUGUAAACAAACAGAAGUUUGCCCCAGUGGGAGUUAGUUUAACUCUUCUCUUUAAAAGACAUUAAAGCUCUCUUAGCAUGUUUGGCUUGCAUACCUUUCAGUGGGUUUUUUAUGGCACUUACUCCAAAUUAGAGGUGGCUUCAUAGGCUUCAUUGAAAGCUAUUAACAUUUUGGUUUUUAAAGCUUCUCAUACUUUUGUUGGGUUAAUUUACUCAUUGAGUAAGACCUCUGUUUAGAAAUCAGGUUCCUACAGAGAUUAUUCCUAUAUAAGAAAUGGGGUGGGGGAGGCGGGGUCAAGAUGACAGCCUAGAAGGAGCAGAAGCAUUUAAGGGGAAGGCAGAAGGAAGGUCCCAGGACCCCUCCCCCUGCCCACCUGAGACUCCAGUGACAGCAGGAACUUCUGGGUGGGCAAAGGUAUUGGUCUUGAGGGUAGGGUGUACCUUGCAGGCAGGGCUGUGCCAAGCUCAGAGUGUCGAACACAGAAGGCAGGGAAGUAGCUAGAGAGGGAACAUGGAGCUGGCAACCUGCCCAGAGCUGUGGAGAUCCUCCAUAUUUGUUCCAGCCUUACAGUAGGUGUUGGCCUCAGAGCACACCCAGCCCAACCAAGCUGAACUUAAUCCCAUCAAAAGUCUUCAGAACUCAGGGAAGUCCAGGCUUCACACUCCUCCCUCAUUGAUGGCUGGACUUUAAUCCAAUCAAAAGCCUCCAGAGGACAGGGAAGCUCAAACCCCCAACAACCCUCCUCCAGAGACCCCACUUAGAGAUCUACUGUCAAGGCUCCAAGAGGGGAAAAUGACAGGAGCCCCCAAAACCAAAAAAAAAAAUGAGAGGAGCAAGAGCACAGACAAAUACAGGGAGCAAAGAAGGGGUGGAUUUGAGCGAACAACAGAAAAAGAAGAAAGAAAUUACAAUAGACAGCUUCUAUACAGGGAACGAAACAGAGGGGGAGGGAUCAGCAAAUGAUAAAUCAGAAAUCCCAGCAAAUUGGAUACAGGCUUUGGAAGAACUCAAAAUGCAAUUCAAAACACAAUUAAGAGAGGCUGAAGACAACUUUAACAGCAAGAUUAGUCAUCUAGAAACAGAAAACAAGUGUCUUGAAAGCCAAAAAUAAUUAGCUGGAAAAUGAGGCAAAGGAGAUGAAAGAUGAGGUAAAGAGGAUGAAAGAUGACCUCCAUAGAAAAUCAGAAGGAUGACCAAAAAGCCAGGGAUGAAAUCCAGUUUUUAAGAACCAGAAUACAACAACUAGAAUCAAGUGACCUCACAAGGCAGCAGGACACUAUAAAACAAAACCAAAAGAAUGAAAAAAUUGAGGAAAAUAUGAAGCAUCUCAUUCACAAAACAGAGGAUUUAGAAAAUCGUUCAAGGAGAGACAAUUUAAGACUAAUUGGUCUACCAGAAGACCAUGACAAAAGAAAAAGCCUGGACACAAUACUACUGGAAAUUAUUCAAGAAAACUUCCCAGAUAUUCCAGAACAAGAGGGAAAAGUGGAGAUUCAGAUCACCUCCUGUACUUAAUCCCCAACUAACAACACCCAGGAAUGUUAUAGCCAAAUUCAAGAACUAUCAGAUCAAAGAAAAGAUAUUACAAGCUGCCAAGAAGAAGUCAUUCAGAUACCAUGGAACCACAGUGAGCAUGAUGCAGGAUCUGGCUGCAUCCACACUGAAGGACCGAAAGGCAUGGAAUAUGAUACUCCGGAAAGCAAGGGAACUAGGUCUACCACCAAGAAUCAACUACCCAGCAAAACUGACUAUAUUCUUACAGAAGAAAGUAUGGUCAUUCAACAAAAUAGAAGAAUUUCAAGAAUUCAUAAAAAAAGACCAGACCUGAACAGAAAAUUUGACAUCCAAGCACAGAACGCAAGAGAAUCAUCAAAAGAGAAUGCUGAGUCUAUUGACCUUAAGCAAUUUUUUGACCAACAUUUUUCGCAUAUAUAUUAUGUGUUCUUUGAAAAUUUUGUGACCAUUGAAGUUAGUCUUAAGCAGAAAGGUCACAAGUCUCAGAGGGAAGAAUUAGAUGGUAUACUUUUUAUUUUUGAAAAAAUUUUACAGCUUCUUCCAGAAAGGAUUCAUCAGCGGUGGCAGUUUCACAGUAUUGGAUUGAUUUUAAAGAAACUCCUUCACACAGGAAACUCCUUAAAGAUCAGGCGUGAAGGAGUACGUCUCUUCUUGCUCUGGUUACAAGCUCUUCAGAAUAAUUGUAGUAAAGAACAGCUCUGGAUAUUUUCUUGCUUAAUUCCUGGAUUUGCCUCACCACUGUCUGAAUAUGGACCUCGGACUUUAGAUAAUCUCAUUAAUCCUCCACUUAAUCUGCAAGAAACUCAAGUGACUAUAGAAGAAAUCACUCCUCUUGUCCCUCCACAGUCAGGAGAUAAAGGACAAGAUGACCUCACAAGCUAUUUUCUAGAAGCACUUUUGAAAUAUAUGGUUAUUCAGGUAAAGAGCUUGGAAUGGAAGAACAAAGAAAACCAGGAAAAGGGAUUUUCUUUCUUGUUUUCACAUUUUAAAAAAUACUACUUGCCUUAUAUUUUCCCAAACAUCUGCAAAGAGAACAGUUUAUAUCAUCCUGUACUUGAUAUUCCACAGAUGAGACCAAAGCCACAUUAUAUAAUGAUAAAGAAGGAUGUUGAAACCAAUGAAGCAAUCUAUUGCACAAAAGAACCUUUCCUCAAGGCUCGUGUUAUAGUCAUUCGUUGGCUGGUUUCUUUCUGGCUUGAGCCAAAACCUCAUACAGGACCUCAUAUUCCUGGAAUAGAAGGUGAAAUCUUGCCAAAGAAUAUUCAGAGGGCUGCUGCUGGCUUGGCUUCUAGAGAAGAAAACAAAAAUGACAGUUCUGAUAAAACAGAAAGAACUACAGAGCCAGAACAGUCCCAUUCUAAUACAAGUACUCUUACGGAGCGAGAACCAAGUUCUUCUAGUCUCUGUAGUAUUGAUGAAGAACAUCUCACAGACAUUGAAAUAGUACGAAAAGUUUUUUCUUCUAAAAGAAGCCAUGUUAAUUUUGUCACAGAGAUCUUUCGACAGGCAUUCUUAUUACCAAUUUGUGAAGCUGCUGCUAUGAGAAAAGUGGUGAAAGUAUAUCAGGAAUGGAUUCAGCAGGAGGAAAAACCUUUGUUCAUGAAAGAACCUGAAGAAAUUGAGAUUACUUCUAUAAGUUUACCUUGCAUUGAGAAUGAUGCAGAAACUGAUGUCUUAUCAGAUGAAGGAAAAGAAAAAGAGGAGGAAAAAGCUAUCAAAGCAUGUAGUCAUGUUCGAAAUUGCAAUUGGACAAAAAAUGGUUCUUAUCAGAAUACUCUCUAUAAAGCUUCUGACAUGGAGGAUGCAGAUCAAAAUAUACGAGCUGGUGCCCAGUUAGUAUUUCAGGUUUUUAUAAUCAACUCAUCGAAUAUAUUUCUUCUUGAACCUGCAAAUGAAAUUAAAAGUCUUUUGGAUGAGCACACAGAUAUGUGUAAACGUAUUCUUAAUAUUUAUCGAUUCAUGGUUGUGCAAAUAUCAAUGGAUAAGAAGACUUGGGAACAGAUGCUACUUGUAUUGCUCAGAGUCACAGAGUCUGUUCUGAAGAUACCAUCACAAGUUUUUCAGCAAUACCAAGGAAGAAAAAAUAUGACACUAGCUGGUCGACUUGCAGGACCUCUUUUUCAGACUCUUAUAGUAGCCUGGAUCAAAGCAAAUCUAAAUGUAUAUAUUUCCCGGGAGCUUUGGGAUGACUUGCUAUCUGUAUUGUCAUCACUCACAUUUUGGGAAGAAUUGGCCACUGAGUGGUCAUUGACUAUGGAGACAUUAACUAAAGUAUUAGCUAGAAAUUUAUAUAGCUUGGACCUAAAUGAUUUACCACUGGAUAAACUAAGUGAACAGAAACAGAAGAAGCACAAAGGCAAAGGAGUUGGACAUGAGUUCCAAAGACCAUCUCUUGAAAAGUCCUUUUCCAGAGGAUGGAGCCGUGAUCAACCUGGACAAGCCCCAAUGAGACAGCGAAGUGCAACCACUACUGGAUCUCCAGGAACUGAAAAGGCAAGAAGUAUAGUUCGACAGAAAACAGUCGCCAUGAGAAGCCGAUCCAUUGGUGAAUGUGCUCUGCCAUCGGCCUAUAUACGCAGUGCUAAAAGUGCUCCUGUUCUGAUCCAUACUUCCAAACCCUUCUUGCCUGAUAUUGUUCUCACUCCCCUUUCUGAUGAGCUUUCAGACAUUGAUGAUGCUCAAAUACUUCCCCGAACAACUAGAGUCAGACAUUUUUCACAAAGUGAGGACACUGGAAAUGAAGUUUUUGGUGCUUUGAAUGAGGAACAGCCAUUGCCACGAAGUAGCAGCACCUCUGACAUCUUGGAGCCAUUCACUGUUGAACGAGCCAAAGGUGCAGUUCCUGUCAUUGACAGUUCAUCCCGUCAUGCGCCAAGCUUGCAGAGUUCCACAGAGGCCUCUUCAGUAACUAGAUCCACUGAAAGCUGCAUCAUUGAUUCUAAUAGUAGAGAGUCUUCUCUGGAAGUUGGGGAUAGCAUUUAUGACCAUCUUUGUCAUUUAAUAGGUCCAGUAGAACUUGCAGAUACAGCUUUUGAACAGAUCAAGUAUAGUGACCUUAAAGGUGAUGAUGAUCUUCUUUCCUCUCUGGGAGAAUAUCUUAAGGAAAAACAAGAAAAUCAUAGUAAUUUUGCUAUAGACAGACUUGCAUCUGCUCAGGAAGUGAUUACAUCAUUAAAUAGGGAUGAAAGAUUAUCAACUAGAUUAUAUUAUGUAGAUCAGACAGUUAAACCAGACUCUAAUACAACUGUUAUAGCAAUGGCAGAGAACAUAGAGUUUCAAGUAGAUAAAAAUCCACGUGAUUUCUUAAGUAACAUUAUACCCAAUCAAUCAUGCAGUUUCACAAGAUCUCAGGCUUUUGAUAAAUCCAAGCAAGUAUAUACUGAACUUGAAUCAAGUCCGUAUGAAAAAGAAGGAAAAAGGUAUCUUCACAGACAAACAGCUACUGAAGGAGAUAUAGGAAUGGACAUUACAUUAGCUGAAAAGCUUAAAGGUAUCCACAUUAAUGAAAAAAUUAUUGUUCCAUGUGUUAUGGAUGUCAAGAAAGUUCCACUAAAAUCUUCAGUUAAUUAUGAAAUACCUCACAUUAUGGAUGCCUGCAAACUUUCUCUAACCAAAAGGAGCCUGUCUGAAACAGUGAGCUAUAGGGGCAAAAUCAUGAAAAAUACCACUAAGAAAAGAAAUAGUGUACAUGUUACCUUUAGACCAUCUACUGAAUCCAUUCAGUUUUAUAAUCCACUAGAAAAUAAAGAGGCUCCAUGGAAAGCAAGAUUACGUAAGCUCAGUGGCUUUAGUAGUAGCAGCAGUACUGGUAGUAGUGGCACCAAUACUAACAUUAGCUCUGAUAUUGCCCCAGAACUUAUCAAACCUGGUGUUUAUAGACCUUUAGAUGUAAUGAGUACAGCAUCAAUAAAUAGUAAAACAAUUAAGGAAACCACAGAGAUACAUGCAACCAUAUUACAGAAAGAAGGUUUUACAGUUAAUCAUUCAGGUAGUCGUAGUGCUCUUAGGUCUUCAAGUCAUGAGUUAGGAUUACAACAGGGAUCCCUGGGUGGCGUUUAUAAAACUGUUGUACAUGCUCUUUCGAAGCCGAAGGCAAAUGUUUCCCCACAGAGGCAGAACAGAGUGCCACCAGAGGCUCCACUGAGGGAUCUGUACAGUCAUGUAAUGGGCUAUUUUGGAAGGAAAGCUGCAGCCAAUAAAGAGGACAUGAGUCAAAAGCUGCACCUUCUUAAUAGUGACAUUGGCAGUAGCAAUGCUAAUGUUCCUGACCUGAUGGAUGAGUUUAUAGCUGAAAGACUCCGAACUGGUAAUACACUGAAUAUGACAAGAAGAGGGAGCAGUCCAGGCAGUCUUGAAGUCCCAAAAGAUCUCCCUGAUAUACUGAACAAGCAGAAUCAAAUGCGUCCUAUAGAUGACCCAGGUGUGCCCUCAGAGUGGACCUCUCCUGCCAGUGCAGGAAGCAGUGACCUUAUCAGCUCAGAUAGCCAUUCAGAUUCAUUUGGUGCUUUCCAGUAUGAUGGCCGGAAAUUUGACAAUUUUGGCUUUGGAGUUGAUGCUGGGGCACUAUCUGAGGUUGAAUCAAAUUUAGGACAUCAGCAAAAUUCAGAAGAACUAGAAGUGGCAAGUUUAACUACGUUGCAAAUAGAUUCUGAAACAAGCAGUCUUAACCAACAGCCUAUUUCUGCUGAAGUUGCAACUAUUGCUGGUUCAGAAAGUGUUUCCCCAAUCCAUUCUGCUCUGGGUUCCAGAUCACAGACACCAUCUCCUGCUAAUCUGAGUACAGAUCAUACUGAACAAAAAGACCUGCAAUUGGAUGAGAAGCUCCAGCACUCUGUUUUGCAAACCCCAGAUGAUCUAGAAACAAGCGAGUUCCCAUCUGAAUGUUGCAGUGUAAUGGCAGGAGGCACUCUCACAGGAUGGCAUGCUGAUGUUGCUACUGUAAUGUGGAGAAGAAUGCUAGGCAUUUUGGGAGAUGUUAACACAAUUAUGGAUCCUGAAAUACAUGCUCAAGUGUUUGAUUACUUGUGUGAACUUUGGCAGAAUUUAGCUAAGAUUAGAGAUAAUCUUGGCAUUUCAACUGAUAAUCUGACCUCACCUUCUCCACCAGUUUUAAUACCUCCUCUGAGAAUCCUUACUCCUUGGCUUUUCAAGGCAACUAUGUUGACUGACAAAUAUAAACAAGGCAAAUUACAUGCCUAUAAACUUAUUUGCAACACAAUGAAAAGAAGACAAGAUGUAUCGCCAAAUAAAGACUUUUUAACACACUUCUUUAAUAUAAUGCAUUGUGGACUACUCCAUGUUGAUCAGGAUAUUGUCAAUACAAUUAUCAAACACUGUUCCCCUCAGUUUUUUUCACUUGGUUUGCCUGGUGCCACAAUGCUUAUUAUGGAUUUCAUUGUAGCAGCUGGCAGAGUAGCUUCUUCAGCAUUUCUUAAUGCACCAAGAGUAGAAGCACAAGUUCUACUGGGAUCUCUUGUUUGCUUUCCAAAUUUAUAUUGUGUGCUACCAGCUCUUCAUCCAAACAUGCCUGAUAUUGUUGUGUCUCAGUUCACUGAUGUUAAGGAACUCAUUAUCAAAACCAUGUUAAGUUCAGCAAGAGAUGAACCCUCUGGUCCUGCAAGAUGCGUUGCUCUUUGUAGUUUAGGCAUUUGGAUCUGUGAAGAAUUAGUUCACGAAUCUCAUCAUCCUCAAAUUAAGGAAGCUCUGAAUGUAAUUUGUGUUUCCUUAAAGUUUCCUAAUAAAACAGUAGCCCAUGUGGCUUGCAACAUGCUUCAUAUGCUGAUUCAAUAUGUACAUAGGCUUCAGACUUACCAGCCUGAUUCCCCCUUAAAAAUUAUUCAAAUACUGAUUGCCACUGUUACUCAUCUUUUACCCAGUACAGAAGCUUCAUCUUAUGAAAUUGACAAGAGGCUGGUGGUAUCAUUACUUUUGUGUUUAUUGGACUGGAUCAUGGCCUUGCCUUUAAAAACACUACUCCAGCCAGUUCAUACAACAGGAGCUGAAAAUGAUAAAACAGAAAAGUCUGUCCUCGAUUGUAUUUAUAAGGUUCUUCAUGGAUGUGUUUAUGGUGCUCAGUGUUUCAGCAACCCUAAGUACUUUCCCCUAAGCCUUUCUGAUUUAGCCUCAAUUGAUUAUGAUCCUUUCAUGCAUUUGGAAAGUCUGAAAGAGCCUGAACCUCUACAUUCUCCAGAUUCAGAAAGAUCAUCAAAACUACAGCCAGUCACAGAAGUCACACUGGCAGAGCAUAGAUUUAAACUCAGGACCUCUGAUUCUGAUCCCAGGGCUCUUUCCAUCAAGCUACACUGCCUUCAGUCACUGGCAAGCAUUAACAUAGUAAAAACUCAGAUACAACAAGGAUUAAUUUCAGUUGCAGCUCGUACUGUUAUAACACACCUGGUAAACCACUUAGGUCACUAUCCAAUGAAUGGUGGUCCUGCUAUGCUAACAAGUCAGGUUUGUGAAAAUCAUGACAAUCAUUACAGUGAAAGUUCUGAACUUUCUCCUGAGCUUUUUGAGAGUCCAAAUCUUCAGUUUUUUGUAUUGAACAAUACAACAUUAGUCUCUUGUAUCCAGAUAAGAUCAGAAGAGAGCAUACCUGGAGGAGGAUUAUGUGCUGGACUCACAUCAGCUAAUUCAAAUGUAAGAAUUAUAGUUCGUGAUCUGUCUGGUAAAUAUUCAUGGGACUCUGCCAUCCUUUAUGGACCACCAUCUGUAAGAUAUUCCUCAGAACCAGUGUCAUUCAUGCUUUCCUUGUCUCACCAAGAGAAGCCAGAAGAUACUCCCAAUUCUAUUGACCCUCUAGAGGAUAUAACUAUAAGAGAUGGACUUGCACUCCAGAUUAAAAGGAGAUUCAGAGAAACUGUGCCAACUUGGGAUACAAUAAGAGAUGAUGAAGAUGUUCUUGAUGAGCUCCUCCAAUAUUUAGGUGUUACAAGUCCUGAAUGCUUACAAAGGACUGGUGUCUCACUCAACAUUCCUGCUCCACAACCUGUAUGUAUAUCUGAAAAACAAGAAAAUGAUGUUAUUAAUGCUAUCCUUAAGCAAUACACAGAGGAGAGGGAGUUUGUUGAAAAGUACUUUAAUGACUUAAAUAUGAAAGCUAUGGAACAAGAUGAACCGACAUCUCAGAAGCCUCAGUCAGCAUUUUAUUAUUGCAGAUUACUCCUCAGUAUUUUGGGAAUGAAUUCCUGGGACAAAAGGAGGAGCUUUCAUCUCCUGAAGAAAAAUGAAAAGCUACUUAGAGAACUUAAAAACUUGGAUUCAAGACAGUGCCGAGAAACACACAAGAUUGCUGUAUUUUAUGUGGCAGAGGGUCAAGAAGAUAAGCACUCCAUUCUCACUAAUACUGGAGGAAGUCAGGCAUAUGAGGAUUUUGUAGCUGGUCUUGGUUGGGAGGUAAACCUAACAAAUCACUGUGGCUUUAUGGGAGGAUUGCAAAAAAACAAAAGCACUGGAUUGACCACUCCAUAUUUUGCUACUUCUACAGUAGAAGUAAUGUUUCAUGUCUCAACACGAAUGCCUUCUGAUUCUGAUGACUCUUUAACAAAAAAAUUGCGACACUUAGGAAAUGAUGAAGUGCACAUUGUUUGGUCAGAGCAUACUAGAGACUAUAGAAGAGGAAUUAUCCCUACAGAAUUUGGUGAUGUGCUUAUUGUAAUAUAUCCAAUGAAAAACCACAUGUUCAGUAUCCAGAUCAUGAAAAAACCCGAGGUUCCAUUCUUUGGUCCACUUUUUGAUGGUGCUAUUAUAAAUGGAAAAAUCCUUCCUAUUAUGGUUCGGGCAACAGCUAUAAAUGCAAGCCGUGCAUUGAAAUCACUGAUCCCAUUAUACCAAAAUUUUUAUGAAGAGAGGGCACGCUAUCUGCAGUCAAUUGUCCAGCACCACCUAGAACCAACCACAUUUGAGGAUUUUGCUGCACAAGUUUUUUCUCCUGCUCCCUAUCAUCACUCAGCAUCUGAUGCAGGCUCCUGCCUGGAGACUCUACCCAGCGAAAUUUCAACAGCAGCACAGAUGGAUGGGACCGAUUUAGCUUCUCCAAUGUCCCCACGAACCAGCAAGAGCCGAAUGUCUAUGAAGCUGCGCCGCUCCUCAGGGUCGGCCAAUAAAUCCUAAGGAGACAAGCAAUUCUGCAGUUUUUUUAAAUGACAAGCAUUAGUCUUGAGCAGUUGAAUUAGCACUGACAAUGUUUUCCCAAAAAAAUUUAACCAGAUGUAUGUCUGCCAUCACACAUGUUCCUUCCUCUAUACUUAUUUUAGAAAACAACACUGAUAUUUUAUUUCAGUAUUUUAGCUUUGAGAUUUCUGUGGGGUUUUUAGUUAUACUCAACUUUCACUCUUUUGGUACAGCUUACAUACUAUACCCUUUAACUUUCUUGAUAAUUAUGUCUAAAUUAUCACUUUUAACUCCAUGGUUAACACAAAACCAAAAUGGAAUUGGAGAAAAUGAUCUCACUGUUAUUUAUUGUUUCCAUUGUAACUUUCUUAGCAAGCUAAAUAUGUACAAUUUUUUUAAUGUACAAUUUCAAAUUUAAGCAUUUGUAAAGUUCUAGCAAAAGACACAAAGUCGUUAAUGCACAGGAUGUGUAUAGAUUAUUUAUGUUAUAAGAAUAAAAUAAUUACAAUAAAUUGUCUUUUAGUAUUUUAGUUUCCACUUGAAAUUUUUUUUAAUAUUAGGUUUUCUUUCCCAAAACAGUGUCUCAUUUCCUAGCCAUGUGGAUAAUACAAUGACAAAUCAAAAAAUGAGAAAAAUCACUGUGCUGCACUCUGACUUAUGCUUGCCUUCCAAUUAUUUUUAUAAUUUUCCUUUUAAAAUGGUAUCACUGUUCAAUGCCAUUCUGUUUGGAGAUUGUGGCCCAGGUCAUCUGGCCACAGGAUCUUGGUGGAUCAAUAGUUUUUUCUUAUAUGUGGAAAAAGAAGUAUUUUUCCAAUGUAAUUUCCUUACUCAAAAUUAUGUGUACUAUUAAAGAAGAUAAGGGAAUAUUAUCCAGGAGUCUGACUUUAAUCUAUUGUUAAAAUUGAACUUAUAGGUGUGGAUCAGUACACAAUCCACUCCUCCAGAGGUAUUUUCCUACAACAGAUGAGCUGCUCAUAUUUUGUCUUGAGUGGCAUCUCUCCUAAGGAAAUGUAGCAUGGCAUCAGUUCUAACUGCAUGUGUAAAUACAUCAUACAGGCAAACACAGAAAUAUAAAUUAUGUAUGGUCAUUCAUCUAGUAUCUACAGAUUUGUAAUUGUUAAAGAAAAGAUAACAUAAUAUUUAAUGAUACAAUAAAAAUUAUUCUUACCA